UCUCCUCCCUAAAAAAAAAAAAGCUUACCAAACGAUUCUUGUCGAAAUUUCCUGCGCCUCUCUCCGUGUGUUCGUUCUCUCGCGUCGUCGUCGUCGUCUGUGCAAUCGAUUCAGGUACUUUUUUAGGUCAAGGAUGUCAAGAGCUACUUACAUUGUCGGUGCACUUGCGGGAUCUGCAGUAGUAGCUUACGUGUGUGACAAAGUUAUCUCUGAUGAUAAGCUUUUUGGAGGGUCUACCCCGGGAACUAUUACUAACAAGGAAUGGUGGGCUGCUACUGAGGAGAAAUUCCAAGCAUGGCCAAGAACCGCUGGUCCUCCCGUCGUGAUGAACCCUAUCAGUCGCCAGAAUUUCAUCGUCAAGUCACGUCCUGAAUAACUUUUGGAAAGAGUGAUGUGAUUUGCCUUCUUGUGGUGCAUCGUUCUCAUUCGUUAUGGAUCUCUUCAUUAUGAUGAUAUUUGCUCUUUUGUGUUUGGUUUUGAGGAUCGGCUAAUUUGUUCUAGCUGGUUUUAGUAAUAAUUUGUGUUGAUGGAUGAUAACACAUUAUUCAGACAGACCAAGCUUUUCCCGAUGCAUGCAUGGCCUUUUUUUGUAAGGUUUGUUGAUUUGACGAUAAAUGAAAAUCGAGCAAACAAAGACUCAGGUAAACUUUCACA